CAACAACAACAGAUCCGGCACCCUGAGUCUGGGUGGUCUUCGUGGGUGGUCAAGAAGCGUUUGCUUCUCGAACGAUUGUGCUGUGAUGUAGUGAUAUUCUAAUUGCUUGAUGAUUAAAUUCAGCACAAAACGUAGAUUUUUAGAUGUCAUGUGCAAACACAAACUAUUGUGUACUUGCAGACUAUGAUCCGUUGGAAUACGACCGCUUUCUGCUGUGCGUAGAAGAAAGAAUCUUUAGAUUGAGUUUGAAUGUAAAUAUUUUCCUCAGGAAUCUAUCCAUUGUCAACAAUGCUGUUUUUCAAUGCAUUUUGUGCUAUUCUGGUUUCGGCCAAGUUAGUUCAAAGUCAAGUUUCAACGAUAGUUAAUGACACAAUUGUGGUGCCUGAAAGUUCUACAAGAGACCUAGGACUUCGCCACCGUUCUAAAGAAAAACCAUCUUUGCUGCAUCACCCUGUGUUCCUCUUGGACCGUUACUCUCCUGGUGAUCCAAACCUUCCUCUGCCAGCUGGGAAAGGACCUCACUGUCGUCGUAAAGCAAAAUGUGAACAUAUGAAUAAUACAAUGUGUCUUGGAGCCAAGUUACCUUACUCCUCUACCACUCUUGAAUUAGUUGGCUUGACUCAAGAGCAAAUGCAAGAGAAACUCCAGUUUUGGACAGCUUUGAAACACGUACCCAGAUGCUGGGCUGUCAUUCAGCCCUUCCUGUGUGCGUUAUACAUGCCCCGCUGUGAAAAAGACGAAGUGGAGCUUCCACCCCAGGAACUGUGCAAGAUGGCACUAGGCCCCUGCAGAAUUUUGGAGCUAGAGAGAGGCUGGACAACUCCCUUGCGUUGUGAUGAUACCAACAAGUUUCCUGCUAAUUGUAAAGAUGAUGCUCGUGACGUACGGUUCAACACCACUGCUGAGUGCUUGUCUCCACUAGUACCAACUGAUAACCCAUCCGCUUUUUAUGAAGGCACUGAAGGUUGUGGAAUGCAGUGUGCUAAUCCUAUGUUUACUCCUGAUGAACAUAGACAAAUUCAUGAGUUGAUUGCGUGGGCUGGUGGUAUUUGUGCAGCAGUAAAUCUUUUCACUAUUGCUUCAUUUUUCAUUGAUUGGCGAUCUGCUAACAAAUAUCCAGCUUUGAUCAUUUUUUACAUCAAUUGUUGCUUUUUAGUGGUUUGUGUAGGAUUUUUUGCCCAAUUUUUACCUGGUGCAAGAGAGGGUAUUGUGUGCCGAAAGGAUGGUACGCUAAGGAUGUCUGAGCCAAGUGCUGGGGAAAACCUAUCAUGUGUCAUAGUAUUUGUCUUGAUUUAUUAUUCUUUGAUGGCUGCAUGUGUAUGGUUUGUUAUUCUAGCAUAUGCAUGGCAUCUAAGUUUUCGAGCAUUGGGAAAAAUCCAGGAUCGUAUAGACAAGAAAGGAGCUUACUUCCACCUAGUUGCUUGGUCGCUUCCUCUAGUGUUGACAAUAACUACCAUGGCAAUGGGUGAAAUAGAUGCAAACAGUGAAAUGGGGAUUUGUUUUGUGGGUUAUAUGAAUCCCGCUGCAAGAGGAGGUUUACUCCUUGGACCAGUUGCUAUUUUCUUCUCAGCUGGAGCCUAUUUUCUACUGAGAGGUCUCAUCACAUUGAUUAAAGUGAAAAUUAACAGUCAUGAAAUAAUUUCUGAAAAAGCAAGUGCCAAAAUCAGAGAAACUAUUGUGCGGAUGGGCUUUUUUACUUUGUUUACUUUUAUUUUUGUUGUUGCAACUUUUGUGGUCCAUAUUUAUGAAUUUCAACACCGUCGCUCAUGGAAAGAGAGCUUUCGCACUUUUAUUAUAUGUAAAGUCAUGAGAAGUGGUGGUGUUUUGACUGAUGGUGUAGGUUUAACAGGGCAUGGUGAUUGUCGUGUGGAAGUGAGACCAAGUCUUGCAAUGGUUCAACUACAUAUCUUAGCACUUUUCACUGUAGGUGUAGUUAUGUCCUCUUGGGUGUGGACGUCAUCUACUGUUGAUACAUGGAUUAGAUUCAUUAAGAGAUCGUUUCACCAAGAUGAUGAUGAACCUGUAAAAAUGAAGAAACAUAAAGUGAUUGCUCAGGUGUACGCUCAAAGACAGGCAUUCAAUCGUGCUGGUCGGAUAUCUAUUAGCUUCCAUAGUACCCAUGAUGACCCAGUUGGACUAAAUUUUGAAUUAAACAGUGGUGCAUCUCAGGACAUGAGCACCACAUGGGCCGCUGCACUUCCCAAGCUUGUAACUCGUAGAGGUGCACUCAUUGGACCAAACACAGCGUCUAUUUCAAGUCAAUAUUCUGAUUUCAGCCAUGGUGUUCGCAGAGUGUCUCUGGACUCACGGCGCCAGAGCCUUGAUUCUCAGUUGUCUGCCGCUUUGGGUGAAUUCACUGCCAGUCGCAAAGCAGGGUGUACUCCAGUUCCCCCUAUGUCUUCCUUAGGAGUUCAAGGGGGACGUGUUAAACCCAGACAUAAGAGAAAGAAACACCAAAGUAAGCGCAGUAGGAUAGGACUCUAUAGUAGAAGAGGCAGCACCACAUCUCAAGAAAGCCAGCUUGGAGCACAGAUACUUUCCACACUAGCCAUGGGUAAUCCAACUAUCCCAUCCCUUCCGAAUCUGAAAAGGAGAACUGGAAAUGCUGGGUUGAAUGAUGAUCAAAUCCUCCCAAGUUCCCUUCAUGCUCGAAUGUUUGGAUUCCGAGAAGCAAGUGAUGUUACAGACGAUGACAUUCCUCAAGCUCAUCAGACCAAUGGUCCAACAUUUGAAAAGAAUGGAGAGCUUAGUAAUGGAAUUGCAUUAACAGAACUGAGAAAGAACAAAGAAGCGGAUAAUGUCAACAUAGACAAAUCUGUCAUUAAAAGUUAUGAUCAGGUUGGUGUAGUAACUACUGAAGGAGCUGGGAGUAGAAGCAGCAAGUCUAAUGGUGGGCAGCAGCUAGUAAAAAAUGGAGGGAGGAGUCGAGACUCGAGCUUGGACAGCAGCUGCUCGUUAUCUCCUGAUAAAAGGUCAGCUGAAGGAAAUUAUGAGAAGAAAAGAGAAAAAAAGAGUUCUAAAAAGAAAAACUUAGUGACAUCCAAAGAUAAAAUUUCAAAUGUAAAAAAUUUUGAAGAUAAAAUUGAUCUUCCUAAUUUAAGCGACAUCAAAAAAGACUGUGGUGUUGCAACCAGGACACAUCUUGGCAAAAAGUAUUCAAAGGUGAAAUCUGAGUGCCCUGGUGAUGUAUCCUGUAGCGAUGACAGUAACUCCUCUGAUGGUGAUGAAGACUGUGAGGUUAAUAAUAUAGAAGUAUCUUCAAGGUCUAAGUCUACUCUCAAAAAUAGCAGUGAGGUGCGAAAAACACCAGAUAGGAAUAAUUCUGUCAAGAUAGAUGUGGAGCAGGAUGAUGAUUUGUCAGAAGGAUCAUCUACUUCCUUUAGUCAAGAAAUUUCUCGCUUAGGACUUAAGUCAUCUCUCUCAGGUAUAUCAUCAGGGCCUAGUAAACAUGUUACAGUAUCAUUAUUGAGGCAGGCAAGGGAAGUAGGCACUCAAACGUCACUCUCCAGUGGACUCAAUGAAAUUGAAAAUAUUGAAGAUAAAAGACCCAGGUUUAUUACACCUACAAACACUAGUCAUAAUUCAAUGCUGGACACUUUAAAGUCUGAUAAAAUAUGUAGUGACAUUACUAAUAACCUCAGUCAUAACUUAAGUUUACCUGAAAGGCUAACUAAACCGAAAAGCAGUGAUGUGGGAAGGCGGAAAAGCUCAACUGAAUUGACCCGCCAUCCAAAAGUUGCAUGAGAAUGAGAUUGUCUCGCUGUCCACCGUUUGUUGGGAUUGCUAAAACUGUCGACAUUUAAUUACCUGAUGAUUGAAGGAAGUGGUUUAGUUAUUUUAAAAUUAUGCCCAGUUUUUUGUGCCAAAUUAGAUUUUAAGAAUCUAAUGUUUCUAUCAGUAUUUUUAAAGUUGUCUUAGAACUUAUUAUUAUGGCCAUGAAUCUAUGGUUGAGUUUAAUGUUGUAGUAUUUGUUAUAUUUUUUGACAUAGUUCUUUGAUGCUUUUCUUAUAAUUUAGAAGUUAUUGAAGUGCUAUCUGAGUUUUACUUCAUAUUUUUAUAGAUAGAUACCUAGAAAAUAAUUUUACUAAUUUCAGACAUUGAGUGCACAGGAAGAACUAAAAAAUUACCAGCCCUUUUGAUUUACAAAAAUAAUAAUCAAAGCAAUCGAAUCUAAUUAUAAGUGAAGAGGGUGAGGUGAGGAGAGUAUAUCCUAGCGCUUACCUUUUUCAAAUUGUAAAAGUACAAUAAAAAAACUUUUCAACAGAA